GGCCGCGACUGGAACUCAGUCGCAAGUUCGAUAACGCCGCGACAGCUCCACGCUCCGUGCCCCCCGAGUUUUUGCGCUGUCGGUGAUAUCAGUCGGCGUCGCCACACCCGGAGGUGUUUUGUUUUGGUGUCGCGCUCUCCGCCGAAUCCUGCCUGUUGAUCGCGCACCCGCAACGUGUCUUGGCCGUCACGAAUUUCCACCUCCACCGACGGUCGUCGUCCAUGGUUCCUUUGAAAGUCUGGCACGUGCUCCCCCUUCUCGUUUGGUGCGUCCUCGUCGUCGUCAAAAUCCAGGAUGAGUUCCAGCUCAGGUGACCUGUCGUGAACUUUGGAUUUUAACACAGUGUUCCGCAAAGUACCCCCGCUACUUUAGUGUUCAGUGUUAGUGUUUCGUUGGCUCGCUGAGAAGCGCAUCCUUUGGAUUAUUACGUGCGUGUACCGCCAUCGGGUUUUUGGUUUUUUCGAUAAGUUGUAUAUCUCGACCCAAGUUCUUACUCUAACAGUCCGGUGAUUAUUUCUUCGAUUGAUCUACGUCCGUUCCCGAUGUUGGAUCGGGUGGUAUGACGGGCGUGACUGGCCCCGCGUCUGACGUCAUGACGUGGUUUUGGCGGAGACUGGGCCACUGUUGAGGAGGAGUUGGGCCCGAGCGGCGGCGACCCGGACUCCGGACCGCGAUCCCGAGCGAAAUGAAGAUGAAGAGCCCGCAGCACUUGUGCGUCCUCUACGUGGCCACGGCCGGCCUCCAGGGGAACGCUCUCGGCUCCGACGAGCAGGAAGUCGUCCUCCUCGUCUACGUCAUCGUCGAAGUCAGCGCGAAUAAGGUGAUAGGAGUUCAGCAGUAUGUAGUGAAACCAACUGUUGCGGAUAUCAACGAAAAUGUGUUAUCAGAGCAGCUGGUCUCCGAAUCUUCGCUCACCGAAGAACUAGUCAAAUCCUCGGGCGUACCUCUCCAAACUGCCAUUCAAAAGUUUGACAGUUAUGUCCGAUCAAUUAAAGUCGAACCAAAUUCUCCUGCAUUUAGAUUUGUAACGGAUGGCCAAUUACCUUUAAGACAGUGCCUGCAUCCUGAAGCGUGCAAUAAAGAAAUAGAACUACCCGACUGUUAUAAUACAUUCCAUGACCUUAGGAAAGAUUUCAGAAAAUUUUAUAGUGUUCCUGAAACAGAAGAGCUUAGUUCAAUUUCAGAUCUAAUUAAUUAUUUGGGUAUGAAUUCUGUAACCGACUCAGAAUUUUAUGUCAAAGAAGCAAAAGACAUGGUUAAUCUAGUGCAAAGGUUAAUCGCAGAUGGUCAUUGUUUUAGCAAUCCUGAAAUUGUAGAAAUCAAAUUAGAACCUGGCAUUUGUUCAAAGGAUGAGGAAAUAGAUAAUAACUGUGUCGUCAAAGCACGUGGUUUACCCUGGCAAUCAUCGGACCAAGAUAUUGCCAAAUUUUUUAGAGGACUUAAUAUGGCCAAAGGUGGCGUCGCUCUUUGUCUAAGUGCCCAAGGUCGCAGAAACGGUGAAGCUUUGGUUAGGUUUGUGAAUCAAGAACACAGAGAUAUGGCUCUCAAAAGACACAAGCAUCAUAUUGCGAAUCGUUACAUAGAGGUUUACAAAGCCCCUGGCGAGGACUUUAUCAAUGUCGCUGGAGGUCGAACGACAGAAGCAGAAACAUUUUUAACUCAAGGAGCAGAAGUAAUUAUCAGAAUGCGAGGACUUCCCUAUGAUUGCACUGCUAGUCAAAUUAUUUCCUUCUUCGAGGCUGGUCCUGAAGAUAAAGCUUGUCAUGUAAUGAAUGGUGAAGAAGGUGUUCUAUUUGUGAAGAAACCAGACAAAAAAGCUACUGGUGAUGCAUUUGUUUUGUUUGCCGAAGAGUCCGAUGCACCAAAGGCCCUGUCUAAGCAUAGGCAACUAAUAGGUGUGAGGUAUAUAGAACUCUUUAGGAGUACGCCAGCUGAAGUUCAGCAGGUUCUAAAUCGGUCUCUAGAUACAAAAUCGUUUGAAAGCAAACUGGUAAUGCCACAAAUACAGCCGCCAGUUCCUCUUGUACCUCAGUUUGUAAUUACGUCAGGUGUACGCAAAGACUGUAUUCGGCUAAGAGGUCUACCAUAUGAAGCCUCUGUUGAAAAUAUUCUAGAAUUUCUGGGAGAUUUCUCGAAAAAUAUUGUGUACCAAGGUGUCCAUAUGGUGUAUAAUUCACAGGGGCAACCAUCUGGUGAGGCCUUUAUUCAAAUGGAUUCAGAAGCAAGUGCUUUCCAAGCUGCGCAAGGAAGGCAUCAUCGAUACAUGAUAUAUGGGAAAAAACAACGAUACAUAGAAGUAUUCCAGUGUUCUAGUGAUGACAUGAAUUUAGUGCACUCGGGAGGAUUACAAUCCACGAAUGCUUCAUCUCCGGUGACAAAGGCCCUGAUUUCACCUGGUAUGUUGAGCUCUUCUGGCAGCUCCCCUACCCCUACCCCUGUUCACCCAACUGUUUUUACGCAACCACCCCCCACAUUGCAGUCCCCAUGGGAUCCGUUAGUCAAUGGGCACUUAUUGAACAGCUUGCAAGUGCAAUCAGCUGUUCAGCAGAACAUGAUGCGACAAUCACAGCCUGACUUAUGGAUGAUGAAUCCUACAUUACAGCACUUAGCUGCCUCUCAGAUGAACCUAGCUUUGGCCAAACAAAACUGGGUUGAUUUGAGUGGCACCGCUGCAACCCCUGGCCUUCUGCCUCCCGUGCAGUCCCUUCCUGCUUUGCCCUCCCCGAACGUAGCUAGCUCUGCUCCAACAACGAAUAUAGCCUCAUCUUCAAUCGCCACUUCGCCCUCAACCUCCGUUGUUUCGAGCUCAGCGAUGAUGCCGACACCGCAAGCAGCAGCCUACUUGCCACCCCACUUCCCUCAAGCACAACCCCUCUACUUGUAUGUUCCUCCCAGACUUCCGGCCGCUCACUUCCAACCUGAACUACCUCCGCCCACUGUCCAAUCUCCGAACCAGCAAUCCCUCCAGUCCCUGCAGUCAGCUUACGCGUUGACUCCCAACCAUUUAGUCCCUCCCGCUUCACAAGUCCCUCAGCUCAUGGGCGUUAAAAGGUCCUGGGAUCAGGCGUUCCCUACAACUCAAAACCCCCUUAGUCCAAACGGAAAUGCGAUGAAGCGCCAAUUCUCAUAUCCUGCUGUGUCAAAUGCGACUGCGCUCUACUCUGUGCCUCCUCCUGGUCAAUCCAUUAGUGGAUUUCAGCACACUCAGUUUUUUCAUGCCACAAUUUGAAUGGGGGAUGUGAUCAUCAGUCUUUAACCCAAUCCUCACCUGCAGCUCUGCUUCCAUCAAAGUCCUCAUUUUCCCUAAGCAUGCUAUCACUCCCUGGUUUGCUAAAGACUUUUUUAUCAACAUAAUCUUGGGGAAGGAGAGCUUACUAUCAUGGACCCAGACCAUUUCACUUGUCCCCUUUUGGUUGUGACUUAUGACCUGCAAGUUCGCUUCUUGUCUUGUCAAUUAUUAUGUUCUUACCUCCUCUUGCAGGGAUCGUAAUUAAUUUAUUGGUUUGUCUAGUUCUUGUCGAUCCCUCUUUUUAUUCUGUUUUCAAUGUUUCAUGGGAAUGACUUGAUGACAGGGUCGUUUUAUGAACAACUGCGUGCAUUAAUAUUCCAGUUUUUUCUAUAUUUUUCAUUCCUGUGUUGCAUUCCUAGCUGAAAAGGUGAUGCUGUUCUACAUGCAACCUUACAGCUCCUCAAUGUUGAAGGUAUAAAGGCAUCAUCGUUUAAGAUCUCAUCAUAAUUCAUAUUACCCUUAUGACUUUUUGUGAAAUUUUUUCAAUCGUAAUAUUUGGGGACCCAAUCAGUGAAUUUAAAACUGUGAUUGUUUUGUACUAUCAUGCCUAUUUAUUAUUCUACCAAAUUUUUAGAGAGGACUGAAUUUUCCCCUCUGGAUUUUAUUUUUAGACAAUUUUGCGCAAAGUUCAAGAAGAUGAUUAUCAUCAUUAUCAUAGUUUUAAUUUUAUUUUUUUAAGAUAUUAGUUGUCGAAUUUUUGUAGAGAAUCAGUUUAUUGUACAGGUAGAUUUUCAAUUUCAAGAACAGUGCAUCUAUAUUUUUGCAAUUUUGAAAGAUGCUCUGUUCAAAAAUAAUUUCAUUGUAUGGACUUUGAAGUAGGCUUACCUAUUCUUGUGAGAGAGUUAAUUUUAAUUUUUUCCUCUUUCAAUUAAAUCCUUUAAUUUUCAUUAUUCUAAUGAAAUUCAGCCAUGUACGAUUGCACAAAAUUUUUCAUUUUUCUUUCCGGAAAUUGCAUUUAGAAUCCUAUAGUUGCUGUCACUCAAAUUAAUUGAAAAAUGAACAUCAAGAGUUAGAAAAAGGGCAACUGACUGCCUAUCUAAAAAUGACUUCGAAAGAAGUGUCUUGGACAAUGGUGGGUCCUUAUUCACUUUGACUUACUUCAUGUUCGAAUUUUUUUCCAGUAGAAAAGAAAAGUCUCCUAAAUAUCGUUUCUUAACUUUUUAAACGCUGUGUUGUUCAUAAAUUUAAAGAAAAAAAGCUUGACAAGGCGUCUGUCCAUCCUUUGAAGGAAGACUUGGCUGCUUUGAGAGAGAAAAGCGUUUUCUUUGUCCUUUUCUUCAAUCCUUUCUUUUCCCCUCUGUCUAUCUCUUUUCCCCCUGUCAGUCUAAUUUGCAUUGAGUCUUUAUAAGUAUACAUUGAUUGCAUUACAAAUUUUGCUCGUGCUACAAUGAACUAACUAAUCAUUAAGGCCAACGCUGAUGUCAAGGAAUUGAAUAAAAUGUUUGAGGACGAUCCUCCCUUAGUGAAGGAUAGUUGUAGAUGUAAAUGAUUGUCUUCUCUGAACAACUACUUUCGUGAAAGUUUCAAGUCGGAUUAGUUUUUGUACUUAAAAUAGGAAACGCCCAAAAGUUAAUCUUCAUCGUUGUACUUAAUGUUACCUUUCAAAUUUCUCUGGGUAACGUGAUAAUUGACUUUUCAACAUUCCAAGUAAUUUAAUUUUAGGUUGUCCUUUUCUGUUUUAUUUUUUGUUUUCUUUAAAUGAGGUACUUAAUUUUUUCCAAUUUUGUGUAUAACAACUUCUAGGUAGGUAAUCCAAUUUUAUGAUAAUUUUCCUCUUCAAUCAAUUUUGUAAAUAUUUCCUCCUAAUUUUAUUUUCAUCCAGUGUGAAUUUGAAAAUGCUCUAGGUAUUUCUCCGUAUAAUUUCUUUCAUGUGAAGAAUUUGGACAAAAUAAGAGUUGAUUAGGAAGCAUUCGUGUGGUUAUUGGUGUUUUCUAAUAUUUGUCCGUCGAAGUUCUCUAGUAUGGCCGUUUUAAGUUCUUUUUUAUAAAUAAGUGGUAAGCUAUGAGGACACAAUCUAUGAAAAAAUGAGACCUCUGCUUAGUGAUUAGGAGAGAAGAAUUUCAAUUUCUGUUGGAAUUUUUUGAAAAGCUUUUUUGUGUUCCUCAUGCUGUCUUUCUUUGUGAGUACCUAGCAUUCUCGAACUUGUCUUUCAAUGUCCGUUGAAAACAUCGCAAAUCAUCUGCACUAGAUCCUCUUUUUGCUCAUAUCACUGAUUUAUCAGUUGGUAUCAAAAUGCAUGCAAUAUUUGCUGAUAUUGCCUUAUCAGCAUAAAGGUGGAAGUUGAUUAUAUUUGUUAUAAAUGGCAGAUGAGAAGGAUGCAUCAAAUUCUGUUGCGGUUUGACAAGGACUAAAAAUGAUGAGGAUGAAGGAAGUUUUUCUUUGUUCAUGACAGAAAAUUGAUCGUAGAUUUGAAUCAUACAUAGUGUUGAUUGCUCGUCUUCAUCUCAAGGCGACGACAAGCAAAAUAAAACAAUGUUUUAUAUUGUUUGCUUCUUUUUUUGAUGAUCAUUGCUGUGUUCUUUUCAAGUUUUUUUUAUCAAAUAAGGAAUACACAUUCCGUCUCUGUGGACAUCUAUUAAAAUGAAGAAAUGUCUUCCAGUUGUUAUCUGGUUUUAUUGUUUUUUGUAUCAAAGCUUUCUUACUAGUGCUGCCUUUUCUUCUUCCUAAUACAACAUAUUAUUUUUCGUGGGCAAUAUCUCAUGGAAAAAUCAAGUGCCUUACUUUUUGCUGUGAAGAGAAGUUUCGUUUUUCUGCUCAUUUCUGCAUUCAUUCAAGCCCUUGAGAACUUAGUUCAAGUUUUUCAUUUAUCAAUUGUGUCCCAAUCAGAACCAAA